UUAGCAGCAGCUGCUCCGCUGGCUUACUGUACACACACAAGGAUCCAGGACAGCAGGACCCAGUCACCAGGUGCAGCCUGAGCUAUCUGCAGACCAGCGUGCAAGGAAAAGGGCCUCGGGGCUGUUCCCACCAGUGGUGCCCACACUAAAUGCACCGCAUUCUCCUGGGGACACUGGUUUCACUGUCCCAGCCAUCCUGAGCAAUGCUGCUUGCCCUGUACACCUGUCUCCUCUGGCUGUCCACCGGUGGCCUCUGGACUGUCCAGGCUCAAGACACCGAUGCUGACAUGAGCACAAGGAGCCAUCACCGGAACUUGGCUCCAAACAAUGUUGACUUUGCCUUUGGCCUUUAUAAGCACCUAGUGGCCUCAACUCCUGACAAAAACGUCUUCAUUUCCCCCGUCAGCAUUUCCAUGGCGUUGGCUAUGCUUUCCCUGGGUGCCUGCAAUGACACACGGGCCCAGAUUCUCCAGGGCUUGGGCUUCAACCUCACUGAGAAGUCCGAGGCCGAGAUCCACCAGGGAUUCUGGUCCCUCCACCGCCUUCUUAGGGAGUCAGACACCAGCUUGGAAAUGACCAUGGGCAACGCCUUGUUCCUCAACCAGAGCCUGGAGCUUCAAGAGUCGUUCUCAGCAAACACCAAGCGUUACUAUGAGUUGGAUGCCUUGACUACAGAUUUCCAGGACUGGGCCAGAGCCGGCAGACAAAUCAAUGACUAUAUCAAGAAUAAGACCCACGGGAAGAUGGUUGACUUGUUCUCGGAGCUGGAUAGCCCAGCCAUACUUAUCCUGGUCAACUACAUCUUCUUCAAAGGCACAUGGGCACACCCCUUCAUAUGGGAAAGUACCAGGGAGGAGAACUUCUACGUGAACAAGACAACCCUCGUGAAGGUGCCCAUGAUGUUCCAGUCACGUGAGAUCAAGUACCUCAACGACCAGGAACUCCCCUGCCAGCUGGUGCAGCUGGACUACAUGGGCAAUGGGACCGUCUUCUUCGUCCUUCCGGAGGAGGGGAAGGUGGACAUGGUCAUCACUGCCCUGAGCCGGGACACCAUAAAGAGGUGGUCCAGUUCCCUGAUCAGUGGCCAUGUGGACCUGUACAUCCCGAAGGUCUCCAUCUCCGAAGCCUAUGACAUUGGGAGCCUCCUGGAGGACAUGGGCCUUGCAGACUUGCUCUACAACCAGGCGGAUUUCUCAGGCAUCACCCACGAGGCCCAGCUGAAGGUGUCAAAGGUGGUCCAUGAGGCCAUGCUGCAGCUCGAUGAGAAGGGAGUGAUGGCAGCCGCCCCCACUGCAGUCCCCCGAAACGUGACGUCCGAGCCUCUCACCAUCCAGUUCAACCGGCCCUUCAUCGUCAUGAUCUUCGACAACUUCACGUGGAGCAGCCUUUUCCUGGUCAAGGUUGUGAAUCCGACAUAAGGAGCCGCCCUCCCAGGAGCCAUCGCGCCAUCUGACUUGGGGCACCAGAAAUGAUCUGGGGAGUGGGAGUGUUCCCCCACUCUUCUCCAGGUUCUCCUCUGUAAUAAAUAACUGUCAUUGUGACAUCGAGGGGGAAAGGUGGGACAACUGACAAAAUUUGAAUAAUAUCCAUAUGAUAGAGUACCCAUGUAAUUUUCUGGUUUUGAUCAUUGUACCAUAGUCAUGUAAUAUGUGGACACUGGGUGAAGGGUAUAUGGGAACACUAGUAUUUUUGGAAAUUUUUGUAUGUUUGGAAUUAUUUCUAAAUAAAAACUUACAGAAAAGAAAUCAUGUAAGUCAAAAGCACAACAGAACGACAUUUUUAAAGUGCUAGGGAGGAAAUGUCAUAAUAAUAUCUUUCAAAAAGCAAAAAGAAAUCUUAAAAAAAUUAAGGCAAAAUAAAGAUAGU